GACUUAAUUUCCAGCAAUAACGUCUCAUAGGAGACGAUGAAUGUCGCCACAAAUAUCCUCCUUCUCUCUCUCCUGACCUUGUUUGCUUCACGACACGUCCACGCGUAUAGGAUAGCACGGCGACGUCGAACCGGCGCACGAACCACCUUCCGACAUACAACAUCUGAGUCGGCUUCAACAAGUAUGCCCCAAUGCGAUCCCACCACAUGUUGUAGCAUUAACACCUGUCUUAAAUAUGUGAUUCAACCUGAGAAAUUAUGUCAAGGAAAACAAGAACAAAAUAAAUUCCAACGUGAUUCAAUUUUGCCGGAUUCCACGUGGCCUUUUAUUAACCAGAACUCUGCAAGUGGUCUUCGCUUCCCACCCUUUUGGUUACCCGCCUCAUCGUCACCAAUCUCCUCGUCCAAAUUAUCAUCAUCAAGAUAUCAUCAUGAUGAUUUCCCAAUUAUACAACUCACAGAAGAACAGGAGUUUAUAGCACGAACGUACUACAGCAGAUUCUUUCGUAGGAGAGAUCAGUUACCCCCAAUUCCCAACGACAGCAAUCCAGACAGCCCGUCGAUUCUUUCCAAGAGGACGAGUGAUGGCGCCAGAUCAAAACGAUCGCUAAGCUACGUAUGCCCGAGAAACGAGCAAUGGGAAGAUGUCAUGCUUGCGAUCAAUGCCGAUGAUCAACUCGUUCAAAUGGUGCAGCUAAGUGAUUCGAGACAAUGGUUGCUGACCGAGAGUUGCCAAUACACCCAAUCUCCAACCGUCAGUAAUGUCAUCUGUCAAGAGGUGACCAGAUUGGUUCCAGCCGUAGUCGUCGACAGCGUCACGUCUGAGGUCCAACACCAGUUCAUUAAAGUCCAUUGCUGCGUAGGGAUAAAGGUCGACUAAGGUGGGGCUAACCAUGAAUAGGCCUACUUAUAUCGAUACAUCAAACAGUCCUGGUGCAAAUUUCAAAGGCGAUGUCUGUUUUUUUUUUUAUCUAGUUCGAUCUUGGGCGGUAAUCUUAUAGCAGGUUAUUUAUUUUGUCGUCCCCUCGGGUGGGAUAAGUUCAUCCGAUAAGCUCCUCUAAUAUCAAGUACGAACGAGUUUUAUCAUUGAUUCCCUCUGGAUUUUUGACAUUUUCCAAGUGCAUCACUAAAUGUCACUGCAUAAUACUACGCUGUCAUUACUUCUAAUGUGAACGAUUAUCAACCUCACUGCAAGUCUGGUAAAGCAAUAAUUCUGAUAUUUUCUAGUUUUUGAGCAAUGUUGAAUAGUUAACCACUGUAGGCCGAAGGUGCCCAUCCAAAAUGAUAUAUGUUCUUAGCCAUUAUAUUUUCCUAUUAGCUUAUUGAUGGACCUUUCAAUCCCCUCUACGCUUACAAACACCCUUACACCCAAACGCACACCAAGCUUGCGCGCUCAAGCGGGAGUCUCUUUUUGUGGAGUUGAUCAAAUCAAAUCCAUUUUUUCCAGAUGACAAAAUCAAUUUCAUGGACGUUGAUGCCAACGAUUUUGCUGAGAUUGGAGAUAAAUUUCCAAUACUUAAGUAGUAAAAACAUUGGCAACAUUCUGCAAGAACGGGCCGGAAGCUUAUACAACUUUUGCUUUUUUGCUUCGCCACUUCAUUUUAUAGUAAACACCUGUUACGCCACUUUAUUUCGGUGUUUAGAAUCAGGAAUUACAACAACAUAAGAAGUCCAGUUUUGUUUCACUGGUAACCAAACCCAGCACCUAGGCAGAUGCUGAUGAAACGAUGUCCGCAUUCAAUAACAAAAAAAUGAGCAUUCAGAAUUGAUUGAUUGAUUUUAUAUGUGGAAAUGAAGUUUCACUGUAGCUGUAAGGUUAUUUGUACCUCGGUGGAUAAAACUAAUCGCUGAAGAUUUCUAAAACAUUAACGGAUUAUUAUUUGUAAUGUGUGAAAUCACCCUGAUCAGCACGAAUUUGUUGCAUAUAGUGAUCAGACCUGGGGCCCGUUUCAUAAAACAUGUUAUAAUAACACAUUUGCAAUAACACUUUAAAGCUACUGAAAUUCUUCGAUUUGAUUGGCUAAUAAUGAAUUUUGCUAUAGAUAUUGGGCAUUUGUUAUUCUAACACGGCUUUGUGAAACGGGACCUUGGUGCUACAGUCACACCAACGAUACCAACGACUUCCUAACCGAGGGCAUGCCAUUAGAAAUAAGCUAAUACCUUUUGGUCGCGCCCAAGUCUGUUUCAUCUUGGUUGCGAUCAUGGCAUUAGACUUUGUUAAUAGAAAUAAGAGACACCAUCAAAUGAAUAAAUUUGCACGGCUCUACAUAACACGAGAAGGUAUACAUGCAUCUACAAUAUCCCGAAUCUCUUUGUUUUGAUUAAAUUCAUUCUGCGUGGGUUGAAACCCGUUCCAUGCAGUUCUGCAGAUUAUGAAUUUCAAUGAUGAUAGUAAUUACAAUGAUCAACAUGGUCAAUAUAUGCAAUGUAGCUUUAUUGCAUGUAAGGGUUUACCUGCGUUUCUUAAACAGUAUUUCAAAUUUCAAUCAACAAUUGUGUGCUAGUUUUUAAAUUGAAAUAUGACAAAUGUGCAUUGGUGUUUACAAUCUCCAUAAUCUCAUUGUAAUAUAUUUCAUUACGUCUUCGUGGGCGAGAAAGGUCGGUAUUAUACUAAAGGAUGAUAAUAUCGUAAAGAAUGCAAUUUAAUGCAUGAUUCAGGUUCAUGUCAUAUUUUGAACCACAAUCGUUCAUUAUAAAAACUGAAUUUAAUAGGGGACUUAGUCGAGAGCCCUUUUGUGCAAAUAACAGUGCAUAUGUUUUCAGGGCCUGCCUGAAGAUUUGGAUCACUAAUACCUCGGUCACAUUUGCUCUACGGCGGCCGUACGGUGAGUCAAAACAGCCGUUUUAUUCAUUAUUAUUCAUACCACCUAUAUGUAGCUAUGGUAGAAAAAAAUUAAAACGCCUGUUUUCGACUCGCCGUAUGGCCGCCGUAGAGCAAAUGUGACCGAGGUAUAACUUAUUCAUAUUUUUCAAACCCAGACGAGUCUCUGUGUCCUAUUUAAGUGAUUAUGUGUCCAUAUAUGUCUUGUAACAUUUUGUCAGCACUGUGUGCGAUUUUAAGCAUCUUAUUAUGUUCUUAUCAUUGUUUAUUUAUUCAUGUCUGACAAUCGGGCUUUCCAAUUCCCUCAUUUAACAUGUCUAUGUGCCCUGUUUUUUGAAGAACAAAUAAAUAUGAAAUUAGAAUUUUAUGCCAAUCAAAGGCUUCAAUCUAACCGAUUUUGAAAAAAAAAUUAUGAUAUUGUCGUAUUGAAUUGAAAUGAUUCUCUGCCCAAAUUAGCUGGCUUUAAGAGGUUGAGAAUCAUUGCGAUUGAGGUACAUGUACGUGGAUGGUUUUAUCGAAAGUAUACAUUAUUAUAAUUAAACAUGCGAUUUCUUGCACAUUCCA